AUGGUGUGCUUAUAAUCUGGGGAAAACCUGGCCAACAGGGGUAUGACCAGUCUAACCAAAACACUUUAAAAGAAUAAAACUACCAAUCAACACUUCGAAUUUACAAAUGCUAAGCAAAAUAUCAAUGUCCUUAUUACUCACCUGGUGUUAAUUGGGAGGAAAUUGCACAAUGGAGGUGUGGUUUCAUAAAGAAAAGGCCAUGUCUUGCAUUCUCACUAGCCUAGUGUCUCUCAGUAGCAGAAUGUACAAUGGGCCCUCAAGACCAAGCCUGUAAGCUGCAGACGACUUUGUACAAGAAAAAUUGGUGUGACAGUGGUGACAACAACCAAAGUUGCUUAAGAAACAUUAAUUUUCGGGAGAAGGAAAGAGAAUACCUGUCGGUUCCUGAAAGUUUGGAUUAUUUGCCUUCACACAGUAAGAUUUAUAAGAAAUGGCUGCAAGGACAAAGCUACAGAUUGGACUGGGAUCGAUGGUUGGUGAUGGGCCUAAUUGGAAUAGUAGUAGGAAUCCUGGGUUUCCUAAUCCAUCAAAUAAUUGAUUGUCUCAUCCAGCUGAAAUGGGAGCUGGUAGAAAAUUAUAUUCAGAAUAACAGCUUUCACAUGACCUGGAUCUGCAUACUUGGAAUUGGACUUCUUAUGAUCACUGUAUCAUCGGGAUUGGUAGUGUUUUUUUGUCCAGCUGGCGCACCAAGUGGAUUACCAGAAGUCAUUGGUUUUCUGAAUGGGGCAUCGAUUCCACAUGUUUUUAAUAUCAGGACUUUUCUGGGAACAUUUGGCUCUUGUGUUCUAGCAGUAGCAUCUGGACUCUUCUGUGGACCAGAAGGUCCCAUGAUUCAUUUGGGAGCAGUAAUUGGUUAUGGAAUGAGCCAGUUCAAGCCAAAGAUCCUUGGAAUAAAUCUUAUGUCCUUUACAAGAUUUUGGAACACAGCAGACAAGAGGAAUUUUGUUACAGCUGGUGCAGGAGCUGGGAUUGCGUCUGUUUUUCAUGCUCCAGUGGGAGGCCUUCUGUUUACACUAGAGGAGGUGGCAUCUUUCUGGGAUAUCAAACUGGCCUGGCAAACGUUCUUCUGCUGCUUGAUGGCUGCCUUCACUACAGAUCUACUCUCCUCUUCUUUCUCUGGGUUUGUCUACCGAGGUCAAUUUGGAUUUUUCAAAGCAGAGAAGAGGAUUUUGUUUUGGGUGAAGAAUUUACUGGAUAUGAGCAUCCUGGCAUUCAUUCCAGCCAUUUUCAUUGGAGUACUUGGGGGCCUUUUAGGAGCGCUCUUUGUAUUCUUGAAUAUAAAGAUUAAUAAAUUUCGCAUGUGGUUCUUCAAACGAAUUCCAAAAACAUCCUUGAGAAGAAUAACUAAGCUCUUAGAAACUGUGCUAGUCCUUGUCUUGACCCUUACUGCUACUGUCUACUUGCCCUAUUUCUUUCACUGUACUCCAGUUAAGAACUUGCCAACAUUUGAUCUACCUAGUAAGUUGCAAAAUGCAAGCCAAGUUAGGUGGCAAGCUUCACAGUAUAAUUGUCCGCCAACAACAUUACAGAAUGGGACAGAUUUCAACCAAACCUUUAAUGAAGCUGCUGCUCUCUUGGUUGAGAAUGGUAUGAGAGGUAUCACAUACCUAUUCAGACGUGGGACUCACAACGAGUUUGGAUAUGCUUCUCUUUUUACAGCAUUAGUAUUCUACUUCUUGUUGUCCUGCCUGACUGCAGGAUCUGCUGUUGCAAGUGGUUUGGUGAUACCCAUGCUCUAUACAGGAGCAUUAUUUGGCAGGAUUAUCGGCUUGAUAUUAGUUUCCACUUUUGGGGUUCGGACUGAUGAAAGUGGGGCGUGGAUUGAUCCAGGUCUCUUUGCUGCGGUUGGAGCUGCUUCCUUCUUCAGUGGUGUCUCCAGGCUCACCAUCUCCUUGACUGUUAUAAUGGUAGAGCUCACGAAUGAUGUACAGUCUUUGCUACUCAUCAUGUUGGCCGUCAUGUUAGCCAAAAUGGUUGGCGACUGGUUCAACACAUCUCUAUACAGUUCUUUACUGAAGCUGAAAUGCAUCCCUUAUUUAGAUGCUGAGCCAUUUGUUGGCCACAGGAAAAACUGGUUAAACCUGGAGUUGUUUGCUGCCAGAGAUGUCAUGAAGCGUCACGUCAGGGUUCUCCACUUAAAGGAAAAUGUUGCUUUCUUGGCUCAGCUCCUGGCCAACACCAACCAUAGUGGAUUCCCUGUGGUUUGCAAAUCUAAGGCAGAUCAGACAGAGGUGUUCCUGGGAACAAUUACAAGACUUGAGCUCUGUGUGCUCCUCGAAAAUGAAGACAUCUUUGAAAUGGAUUCGGAGGAAAACUCUGAACCCUGUUCACUUCUUUCUUAUCAGAAGAUCAGAGCUGAAAAACUGCAUGAUCAGCAACGGUUGGCCAUUAUGCUGGACUGCUAUAGUACAGACCCUCUGUAUCAGCAGCUCUUCAUCAAUCUGGAGCCAUACAUAAACAAAUCAGCCAUGUCGAUUCAAGCUCAUUUCUCUCUGCAGCGUUCAUAUAUCAUUUUCCGGUCUCUAGGCCUUCGUCACCUGACUGUUGUGGAUUUACAGAAUCGGGUUGUUGGCAUAAUCACCAGAAAAGAUCUGAUAUCAUUCCAGCUGGAAGAGAAAUUGGGACUGCAGGAGUCAUUGCACCAGCCUCAAUCCGAUGAUGAGCUUUUAGACUAGCAAGCAAUUGGACUGGGAAAUACUUAGUUUCUGAAGUCUUUCUUGUGUUAGGUUCUUUUAAAAAAGAAAGACAAUCUUGCCUUCAACAUAAUAAAAUUUAAAAUUGGUUGUUUGUAUCUCUCAGUUUAGGCAAUGCUCAAUUUAGAUAUCAUAAAAAGCUAUUAGAUGGAGGAAGAGAAGAUCAAGUCUUUGGAUUCAUAUAGCUGAGUUUCUGCUAUACACAGUUUUUCUUCCCACAUUCCAGUCUCAGACAGGAUGUGUAAAGUGUAUAAUUUGUGUGUAGUAGGAGCAAGGGUGGCUAAUGAAUCUAUAAUUGAAGGUGUUCCCUCAGUUUUAGAGUCACUCCUUCCAUAUAUAGUCUGGAUCAGGCAUUCUCAAACUCUGGCCCUUCAGUUUUUUUGGGCCUCCAACUCCCGGAAUUCCUGACCAUUGAACAAGCUGGCUAGGGCUUCUGGGAGUUGGAUGCUCAAACAGCUGGAGGGCUAGCGUUUAAGGAUACCCAGUCUGGAUUAAUCAAGUGCUCUCUCUGUUGAAGAUUUUUUGGAAAUAGGCUGCUGUACUAGCCAAUUCCUGCACAACCCAGAGGAAUAGGUGUAAAACCUGAAGUGGAAUGGCUGUUUUCAUAGCAACAGAUCUACUGUAUAGCCCUGAUUAAAUGUCAGAGCACCCCAAGACAGGAAGGACACCACUCCCCAAUGAAGUGUCUUUACUUUGGAAAGCCAGUCAGGUAUCUCAUAUGAACAAUUUUUUCCAUAGGUGAUUACAUGCACUCCCUGUUUUAAUAUUAUAAACGCUAGGUUUGAAAAGCAAAAGGUUUGUUUCCAUACAGCAAAACUACAUCACAACCACAACAUACAGAUCAUCCUCUGGAAGCAGAUGAAAAUGGCAACCCCUUUCAACCACUGGGGUGGAAACUAGGAUUCUUCAAAGUCAUUGCUGGGUUUGCCUUCAUUUUUUUCUUGCAUUUUUUUUCCUCCUGAAAGUUAGGAACACAUUUCAUGGUGAUGGUGCCAACCAGAUCAUUUUUUUUCUUAGUGUCUUCAUGUUAUUGGCAGUUUCCCGUGAGAUAAAUGGAAUCAGCCUGCAGCACUGUUGGGCAACAUUUAUGAAAGGAACCUUUUCUGUUUCACUAGUAAAUAAAAUUGAAUAGGAGUUAUUGCUCACAUCCCAGUGUAUAAAGGCACAAAUUUAUUUAGCGAUUUCUUUGCACGUAUUGUUAUGUGAAUAUGUGAUUCAUCUUAUGAAUAAUUUUACUAGAGUUUAUGCAAGCAAAGUAAUAAAGAAAAUUCCUCAUGAA